AUGUAUAGUAGAAGGGAGCCCAGUCAUUGCUUGCUAAACACCGCAGAAUUCAUACUGGAGAGCGGCCCUACAAAUGUGAAGAAUGUGGUAAAGCUUUUUAUCACAGAUCAAACCUUGCUCAACACCAGAAAGUUCACACUGGAGAGAAGCCCUACAAAUGUAAAGAAUGUGGAAAAGCUUUUAAACGAACAGAAAAUCUUUCUCUCCACCAGAGAAUUCAUACUGGAGAGAAGCCCUACACAUGUGAAGAAUGUGGCAAAGCUUUUGUUCACAAAUCACUGCUUACUCAACACCAGAGACUUCAUACUGGAGAGAAGCCAUACACUUGUAAAGAAUGUGGCAAAGCUUUUCGUCAAAAAGAACAUCUUACUUGCCAUCAGAGACUUCAUACAGGAGAGAAGCCCUACAAAUGUGAAGAAUGUGGCAAAGAUUUUCAUACAAGAUCAUUGCUUAUUGAACACCAGAGAAUUCAUACAGGAGAGCGGCCGUACAAAUGCAAAGAAUGUGGCAAAGCUUUUGUUAAAAAAUCACCGCUUACUCGACACCAUAGAACUCAUACUGGAGAGAAGCCCUACAAAUGUGAAGAAUGUGGCAAAUGUUUUAAGCAAAUAUCAGCUCUUAAAGGACACCAGAAAAUUCAUACUGGAGAGAAGCCCCACACAUGUGAAGAAUGUGGCAAAGCUUUUUAUCACAGAUCAAACCUUGCUCAACACCAGAGAAUUCACACUGGAGAGAAGCCCUACACAUGUCAAGAAUGUGGCAAAGCUUUUGCUCACAAGUCACUGCUUACUCGACACCAGAGAAUUCAUACUGGAGAGAAGCCAUACAAUUGUAAAGAAUGUGGCAAAGCUUUUAGUCAAAAGGAAAAACUUAUUUACCAUGAGAGACUUCAUACUGGAGAGAAGCCCUACACAUGUGACGACUGUGGCCAAGCUUUUAUUCAAAAAUCACAGCUUACUCAACACCAGAGAGUUCACAGUGAAAAGAAACCCCACACAUGUGAAGAAUGUGGCAAAGGUUUUUAUCACAGAUCCAGCCUAAUUCAACAUCACAGAAUCCAUACUGGAGAGAAGUCACGCCACUGUAAAGGAGAGGGCAGAGGUCUUGAUUGAAGGUCAGGCCUUGCUCUACCACAGAGAAUUUAUACUGAAGAGAAGGGUCAGGCCUUGCUCUACCACAGAGAAUUCAUACUGAAGAGAAGCUCUGCAAAUGGAGCAUUGUCCCAGGGCCUCGACGGAUGGCUCAGCCCUUACUCCACACCAGAAGAAUCAUAGUAGAUAGAAAUUGAAAUGUAGAAAAAGUGACAAAGUGUCCAAUAGUUGUUCAGUCACUCAUUAUUCACCCUCUCCCCUGGGAGUUCAUACUUUGAGAAUACAAGUGGAAAAAUUGUCCCAAAGCUAUUAGCCACUGUUCAAACAUUACGAAAAGUGGAGAAUUCACAGGGCAUAGAAACCCUAUAAAUGUACAGAAUGUGUCCAAGCCUUUAAUCAAAUUUCAAACUUUCUUCAAAAUAUGAAACCAAUGUGGAAUGACAUUUGUCCACUUUAAUAAAGAAAAUGGGUAAUUAACUUUAAGUCGCAUAAAAUUUAUUAAACAUCAUUGAUGUGGUAGAAAUAAUGAAAUCUUCACAGAAAUAGUAUGCUGCAGGUAGGUUAGCACUGAAAUGAUAUUAGUUUAUUGUAAAUCAAACAUUACCAAACAUGCUCACUUUUUAAAAUUGGAGAAAACAUGAUUAUCACAGUUUAUUAUAGUUAGAAAUCUAAUUUUGGGAGGAAUCUUUACUGGCCCCUCUGACAUAAAAUCAAGUAAGGCAGCUUCUCUGCAAGGUGGAUGGGAAAAAAGGGACUUACUGGUAAUUAAUACUGGACAAUUAAAGCAGAUGGGGAACUCAGGAAGUUAGAUUUAAUAAAAUAAGAAAUCCCCAGCACCAGCCAAUCUGGAGCCUCCACAAUCAAAGUGAUAAGGGCACUAAAGGAACCCACAUUUUUAGGAGGCCUGUGGUGUGUCUGAAUACAUACAGAUCAGCGAUCAGUCAGCUCCCUACAGUGGACAGAGGAAGGAACCAUUUUGUACUUGUGCCAUGGGGGUGGGCAUUCGGGGGAGCCAAUUCCAGGCAAACCCAGCCUGGUCCUAAAAUACAGGCCUGGCAAACCCACACUACCUGACAUAGAGAGCACCUAAAUGACCAAGAGAAAAUCAAAUGUAGAGAGGCAUUUGUACAGGGGAAUACAGAUUAUGGAAACCCAUCCAGCCUAGCUCCCUCCCCACUUGAGUCCAGCAGCUCACUGGACAAGCUGGGUGAGACACGCCUAACUAGGAAUUCAAUAGGGCAGGGUGGGCAAUAUUGAUCUUGGACACUCAACCAAAGAGACCAUGAAAUUCGAGGUCAGUGGGUGAUGGAGGGGACAAAGGUUUGAGGGCUCCUUAGUCACACGAGAGAUACCCAGGGAGAUUACUGGGGUGUAGUCCCUCAUUGUGGACUGGCGACUGCUGGAGCCCUGGAGGUGUACUGAUUUAAAAUAUUUAGAUCAAUCACCAUUUGAAAAUGAACCUAGAGCAUACCUAAGCCUAAACUCAUGUCCAGGAUCUCCACCUUCAGUAUUGGCUCUCACACUGUGGUGACGCCACCCUGUGUGUGGAUCAAACCACACUCCAACCCACCCCACUCAACACUGCUGGAGAAGGGAGGCCAAGAACUUUUUGAACUCCAAUGGAAACAACUCUGACUUUUCACAUUGACACUAAUUCAUAUGCAUAGUGAUCUCUUUCUUAAUUCUAGCAUCUUUUGAAUGCAGUUAUUUAUGGCUUGGCAUUUUGAUGGCUAGGAUGUUUGAUUAGUAUUUUCAGUUUUGUUUUGUAUUCUUUUAGGGUUUUUAUUGUUAUUUUACAUAUUUUUUCUCCUGUUUCCCUUGAGUCUUUUUUUUAUACUUGUAUUUUCUCUCCUACUCCCUCAUACUCACCCCCACCCUACAUCUCUUCUGUUCUCUCCCUGUUCACCAUUUGAAAUCGUAAACCCUUUUGCAAUAUUACUGUUUUUAAUGUGGGCAACAACUGAUCACAUUAUUUCUCUUCAUUGUGACAGUUAACAUCGUAGAUUUCAUCAUGGGAAGUAUUUGGUUUAAUGCUGUAUAUUGCUUGCUGUGGUUGUUAUUUUUUGUCUCCCCAUAAACUGUGAGGUAUUGGAAACCUUCAGAGACACUAUAACUCCACAGGGUAGAAACUCUGCUGCUUCAGAUUCAUACUGUUAGAUGGGUAAACAAAGAAUAUGAAAAAGCAAGGGAAUAACCCAUGCCAAAGCAUAAUACUUCAAUAGCAGAAUCCGUCAACAUCACAGUGGAAGAAAUGUUGGAGGAGGAGUAUAGAAUGGUCAUAGUUAAACUGAUCUGUGAGGUAAAGGACAAUAUAAACAGUGAAAUCAGAGAAAAUACAGGAAAUGAAAGAUCACUUCUAUAGUGAGACUUUUCAGGGGGGGAGAAAACCUAAAAAUUAUGGAGUCAAUAAAUCAAAUUGAAAAGUCAAUGGAAAGCAUCACUUGCUGACUUGACCACUUGGAAGAUAGUUUCAUGCAAGAAUGACAAUAUAAAAUUUGGGGGGAAAAAAUUGACCCUGAAGUAAAGAUGCUAAGAGACCAUGAACAGAAAUUCCAACAAUUAUGGGAGAACAUGAAAAGACCAAAUAUAAGAUAUAUUGGGAUAGAUGAAACCUCAGAGGUGCAAACAAAAGAAUGCACAAUGUUUUCAAUGAAAUAUAUCUGAAAAUUUCCCAAACUUUAAAAAUGAAAUGGAAAUUCAAAUACAGGAGGCUUGCAAAACUCAAAUGUACAAAAUGAAAACAGGCCGUCACAAGGCACAUUAUGAAACUGCCUAUGAUAAAAAGUAAGGAUAGAGUUUUAAAGGCCAGAAAAAAAUUGACAUGUCAAAAUUACAGGGAAACCAAUCCAGAUCUUAGCUGAUUUCUCAACCCAGACCCUAAAUGAUUGCAGGUCUUGGGAUGAUAUAUACCAAACUAUGAAUGAAAAUGUAUGCCAAGAAUAUUUUGUCCAACAAAAUAAAGUUUAUUAUUGAUGAUAAUAUAAAAACUUACAUGAUAAGUAAAAAAAAAAAAAGAAUUCACAACUAGAAAGGCUACACCACAAAACUUUCAAUAAAAUAUUUCAUGAAGUAUAUUUGGAAUAUCUGUAAUAUAGAUAAAUAAAAUUGAAAACCAGCAAAGGGAAGAAGCACCCUAGAAGAACAUCAAUCAAAGGAGGAUCUGAUUCAAAUUUAAAAGAAAUAAAUAAAAUGAAGGACAAUAAAAAACUUUUCUCAAUAAUAAAAUUCAAUGUGCAUAGCCUAAACUCUUCAAUCAAAAGACACACUGGAAAUUGAAUUUAAAAAUAAAGUUCAACAUUAUACUGUCUCCAUGAGACUCAUUUCAAGUCAUUACAUCUGUAGAUUGAAGGUAAAGGGAUGAGAACAAAUAUAUUAUUCACAUGGAUCUCAUAAACAAGCAGGGGUUUCUAUUCUCAGAAUUAGUGGAAUUCAAGCCAAAGUUAAUCAGAUGAGAAAAGUAAGUUUAUUUCCUAUGGCUUAAGGGAAUUGUACAUCAUCAAGAAGUAAUAAUUUUAAAUAUUUGUGCCCCAAACAAUGGAGUAUCUAUGUACAUCAUUUAAAAAAUCCUCAAUUUCAAGAAUCAAAUAGAUCACAACACAGUAAUGCUGGAUGACUUCAACACACCUCGCUCACCACAGGAUAGAUCCUCCAAACAAAAACUAAGAAGGAAGCUGUAGAACUAAAAAGAAAUAUUAAUAAUUUAGACUUAAUAGACACAUAGACUAUUUCAUCCAUCAAUGACUGAGUACACUUUCUUCUCAGCA